AUGGAGUCAAUCAACAACAUCGUCAUGGCGCCGUCGCAGCCGCGAAACAAGACCUCGUCGGCGCACCGGUCGACGUUCCUCCGCGGCGAGCACCGCUUCGACAUCGUCGGCUACCGCGCGCGCAAGGAGCUCGGCGUCCGCAACAACGCCCGGUCCGCCGACUUCCAGGCCGGCGGCUGCACCUGGGCCCUCAUCUGCUGCUUCGACGACCCCAAUCCCUACGCGCGGCGUCGCGGCUCCGGGGACCAGAUCCAGCUCGUCUGCAUCACCCUCCAGCUCGUCUCCAACGACGGCCACGACGUGGUCGCCAGGGCCAGCCUCAGGAUCGACGACCCUGCGCCGUCUGGGAAGAAGAAGGGCGGUCCUCGUCGGUGGCCGCCUGCCGUGUGGCGGAGCGACGAGGCCAAAACCUUCCUCGCCGCCGCUCAUGGUCGUGGGUACGACGACGACCCCGAUGAGUGCACCGGCAAGAGCUACUGGGAGCUGCCCGUCCCCGACGGGUUCCGGGAGUCGCUCUACGUCAGGGACGACCGGCUCACCAUCCACUGCACCGUCGACGUCCUGCAAGAGGAGGCCGGCGAGGCCGCAACCAAGAACUGCUCCGUCUCCGUCGUGCCGCCGCCCAGCAUCCUCUGUGAUCUCCGCAAGCUCCUCGACGAGUCGCAGUCGAAGGCAGACAAGACGGACACGCGCUUUGCGACGGACGUGACGUUCGAGGUGGAGCAGACUGAGAUCCGGGCGCACCGGCUCGUGCUCGCCAUGCGGUCGCCGGUGUUUGCCGCCGAGCUGCUCGGGGAGAUGAAGGAGGGCGCCGCGCGCUCCCGCGUCAAGGUCGACGACAUGACCGCCUCCACAUUCAGGGCCAUGCUGCACUUCAUCUAUACCGACGAGCUCAAGCAAAGAAACAACAACCAUGUGGAUGUGGCCAUGGCAGGUGAUUUACUCGUGGCCGCGGAUCGCUACGACUUGGAGAGGCUGAGGCUCAUGUGCGAGAAGAUACUUGCAGACAACAUGGACGCCAGGUCUGUGAUGACGGCACUGAUGCUGGUGCACGGCCGAGAUAGCUGCCGGCGGCUAGAGGCCGCCUGCAUUGAGUACAUGACGUCCGACCCCAACGUCUACGCCGCCGUGGUGGCAACGGAUGAGUACAAGGAGCUCAAGGAAACGUGUGGCGUCUUUGUGUCCGACGUCUUAGAGAAAAUAUGGACGCGGGCAGCGCAGCCACAAAAGAGCGCGUCCAUGUUCAACUCAUCGGAGACGUUCAAAGGCACACACGAGUUCAGAAUCCCUAACUUCAGUGCCAUGCAGCGGAGGUUCGGCAUUGACGAAUGCAUCCGAUCUGGCACUUUCCAGAUCGGCGGCCAUGGCUGGAUUAUCGUCUUGUACCCGUCGGGAAUCCGGGGGUACGGCGAGGAGGAAGACCAAGAGCAGCACAUAGGCCUGUUCCUCAAGAUGAUAACCAGUCCUCCUGGAGCUGAUGACGUGUGGGUGGCGUCUACCUUGAAGAUGUGUGACCCGAGCGGCCAAUUGCCACCGGUCUUCUGUUGGAUUGAUGCCUUCUACACCAUUAAUAAGUUCGUGGGAAUGCACAAGUUCAUUGACCUGGCGUCUACCAAGUCAUGCUACCUCGGACACGAUGGCUCCCUCACCAUACACUGUGACGUCUCGGUCACCAAGGAGUACCCCGGCACCAAUAACGGCACCGCCGCCGCUGCUGAAGCUAUGACCACGGUGAUCUCCGUGCCGUCGUCCAACAUCACCUCGCACCUGGAGAAGCUACUGGUGAGCGAGCAGGGCUCUGAUGUCACAUUCCUGGUCGGAGACACCAAGCUCCGCGCACAUAGGCUUGUGGUCGCCGCGCGUGCGCCGGUCCUUCACAAAGCCAUGGCGGCGAUGGCGGAGCCCGACACCAUGAGCCAUUGCGUUAGGAUGGAUGACAUAGAGGCCUACGUUUUUAGGUGCGUGCUCGACUUCAUCUACACCGACGAGCUGCCCGAGCACUUGGGAAACACCACGACGAUGGCCCGGGACAUGCUGGCUGCGGCGGACCGGUUCGGUCUGGAGAGGAUGAAGGCCAUGUGUGAGAACAUAUUGUGCGAGAACGUCACGGCGGAGAAUGUGGUGGGCACACUGAAGCUGGCGGACCGCCACCAUUGCCAGGGGCUCAAGGACUUCUGCAUGGAGCACAUCUCACAGGCGCAUGUGCUCGGGAAAGUGGUGGAGACUAAGGGGUUCAAGGAUCUAAAAAGCACGUGUCCGUCGCUUCUAGAGGAGAUCAUCAUCAAAAUCUCCAAGUUGUCAACGUUGGAUGGUUAG